AAGCGAAAACGAGACUUUAGUAUUCAAACGAAACCAUCAAACUCUGUACCCAGAUUCUCAACACAUUGUGUUCUCUCUCUCUCUCUUCCACCAACUACUCCAAAUUUACUAUAAAUGUCCCACCAAAUCUCACUCUCUCUUCAGGCAAUACAUCAAUAAUAAUAAAUCUCUUACUAGCAUAUCCCAUUUGUGUUUCUUCAAAUAACAUUUUUUACAAUGGCCAAAAAUGUUGCUCAGUCUCCUUUUGAGAGGUCUAGUUUGGCAUCACUAGACCAAAAGCUAGCCAUGGCUAAGCGUUGCUCUCAUGAGGGUGUAAUCGCGGGAGCUAAGGCAGCUGUUGUUGCUAGCAUUGCCACUGCCAUUCCAACUCUGGCUAGCGUAAGGAUGCUGCCUUGGGCAAGAGCCAAUCUCAACCAUACGGCUCAAGCUCUUAUAAUCUCCACAGUGGCUGGCGCCGCAUACUUCAUAGUUGCUGACAAGACUGUUCUGGCGACAGCACGAAAGAACUCCUUCAAGCACUCUGGCAUGGAAGCAUGAUUUUGAACCAUUAACAAGAUUGAAUUUUGUCCAACUCCAUUUGUUAUCAUGUUCUCAGGAGCAACUUAGCAUGUGAUUCCAACAUCUGUAAAUGAAUAAAGAUGUGUUUAUAGCUUAAGAGAACGAGAACUUGUUUUGUUUAUCAAUUAUCAGCUUAUCUCAUUGCAAAUCGGCUUCAAUCUUCACGAGACAGCGAU